AUGUUGACGUCCCAGGAUGUUAGCCCGCCUCAGCUGCCCUCGUACGAGACUCUUCAAGCCGCCCAACAGUGGGUGAGACUCACCCCCGAGGCCGGCCGCCUCUUCUGGACGCUCGAAGCCCCCCUGACCGAAGCCGUCUCGGCGAUGAGGAGCGAAUACAACCCCCGAUCCGGCAUCCUUCGAACCCGCCGCCGAACCCGCUGA